CAGCACCUAUGUUCGGCAGAUCGGAUGGUUGACUUGUUAAUAGGGGAGUAGGAGUGUAUGUACGGAGCAGCCGUAGGGAGCAGAUUUCACGCAAAGCCCGAAAGUGCCCGAACAGCCUCAGAAUGACAAUGGAAAUGCGGUAAUUGGACGGAAGAAGUUAUGAACGAGCCACUUUUCCUGAUAAUCGAUGGGUCGAGGGCGCCACAGUUUGUGCCUAGAGAGCAAAAGCCCAUGAUUUGGCGCGCAGCAACAAGCGAUUCGAUCCUUGCGCCGUCAACUCCGUCAUACAUACAUUUUUCCUUUCCCUUUCUUCGUUCUUUUUUUUCUUUGCCAUCUAACUCACCAACCUAUCCCAGAGCAACAACAUACUCAAACACUCUCGAGAUCCUCUUCUACCACUAGUCUCUUCCUAAUAGACAACCUCAUUCACCUUUAAACAAAACAAGAAAAAUGGCCAAGGGAGCUGAAGGAUUCAGUCAGGGUGACGCCAAGAAGGGUGCUGGUCUCUUCAAGACGAGAUGCGCACAAUGCCACACCGUCGUCGAGUCAGAAGGCAACAAGAUCGGACCUAACCUACAUGGUCUCUUCGGUCGCAAGACUGGUUCAGUCGAGGGUUUCUCCUACACCGACGCGAACAAGCAAAAGGGCAUCACGUGGGACGAGAACACUUUGUUCGAAUACCUCGAGAACCCCAAGAAGUACAUUCCUGGCACCAAGAUGGCCUUUGGAGGUCUCAAGAAGGGCAAGGACCGAAAUGAUCUGAUCACUUGGUUGAAGCAAGAGUGCUAGACGACGACUACCUCUUUUUUUGACUCCUAAAAACCAUGCGACGGAAUUCAUUGUCUCCAUUUUCGUUCCUGCGGCGGAAUGGUCGGCUGCUGUAUCAUCAACAACGGCAAGGGCGCAUUGCCUCGUAAUCGGAUCAUUGAAACUGGGCCUCUGCACUGCUUGCAAACCGAGACCAUGAUGAGAAAUCCCGGAGAAGCCGGUAGAUCAAGCUCUAAUGUACAUAACCAUCCUUGUUUCCUUCUGGGCGUACCUGCGUUUUUCGCACGCGACAAAGGCAGAAUAGCUGCGAAGGAUAGACAAAUAAUCAAAGCAACUACUCUCUGCUCAUGCAUUUAAUGUCCAAGUCUAUCCCUGGUCCGUGCAGGUAGCCUCUUCCCGACAGCCUCGUUCUCAGCUGUACAGUCUGUCCCUGCAACUCCAUAAACAAAGCUGAUAAGCCCAGAGACAAAGUGCCUGGUCUGUCGAUAACAUCCAAUGGCGGACAUUUCUCUGUCGGACUGACAGAGACUAGAGACGCGACCCUCCGGCCGCCCUUGCAUCAAGAAUCC